GUGCUUUGUGAGGUAGGACUGUCCGUUCUUUCCUAGAACUAUGGAUUGUUACAACUUUGAGUGAAAAGUGUUCAGUUUACAGUUUCCAUUGUUGAGAAACUAUCGGAUAGUUUCACUUGUGGUUUGUGACGUGUUUUGUUGGUUUAGUGAGUGAAGUGCACUGGAUUUUGUUGGUGUGUUGCGGCAAUUUUUUGCUGUGGAACUAAAUAAAGAUCCCGCACGGAGCUAAUGAUACAGGCUACAAGAUGAAGUGAGGCAGUAUGGAGGACGACGCUGAGGCAGCGGUAGGUCCGGACGACGGAUAUCUCCUGGUACGCAUCCAUGUCCCAGAGCUCAAUGUCCACAAGUGCCUUCAGUUCCCUAAGGAUCAGCUGGUUUGGGAUGUUAAACAACAAUGCCUCGCCGCCUUGCCUAAGGUGGCCUCGUGGUACCGGGAGUUGAAGGAGAGUUUCAACUAUGGCCUGUUCUGCCCACCAGUCAAUGGCAAAGCAGGAAAAUUCCUGGAUGAGGAAAGACGACUCGGUGAUUAUCCGUUUAACGGUCCCGUCGGAUAUCUGGAGUUGAAGGCCAAGAGGAGAGUGUACAAGAUGGUCAACCUGGAUGAGAAGCAGUUGAAGGCUCUCCACACGAGAACCAACCUACGCAGGUUCCUGGAGUACGUCACCAACGCUCAGGUGGAGAAGAUAAACAAGAUGUGUUCCAAGGGUCUGGACCCGAACUUUCACUGCCCCGAGACCGGAGAGACUCCCCUGACGAUGGCGACGGGCGUUCGCAAGCCGACUAACGUGCUGAAGGCGUUGGUGAACGGAGGUGCUCUUCUGGACUUUCGCAGCAAGGAUGGAUCAACCGCAGUCCAUCGUGCUGUCGAACACAACAGCCUGGAGGCGGUGACGACCCUAUUGGAGUUAGGGGCUAGUCCGAACUACAGGGACUGCAAGGGUCUGACGCCAUUGUAUGUAGCUAUCACUCAUAGUGUGGACCCACUACUAUGCGAGACUCUACUGCAUAACAGAGCAGUCAUCGGGGCCCAGGACCUACAGGGCUGGCAGGAGGUCCACCAGGCGUGCAGGAACGGAUUAGUGCAGCAUCUAGAACACCUGUUGUACUACGGAGCUGACAUGAACGCUAGGAACGCAUCCGGAAACACUCCGCUGCACGUGUGCGCAGUCAACGGCCAGGAGUCUUGCGCUCGAGUGCUGUUGUUCCGAGGCUGUCAGCACGACGCGCUCAACUACGCAAACCAAACACCGUACCAGGUCGCCGUCAUUGCAGGCAAUCUCGACCUGGCCGACGUAAUACAAGCGCAUAGGCCUGAGAAUGUCGUCCCUUUCCGAGAGCUCCCUCGCUACAACCCCAGACGACGGAGCAUGUUGCCCUCUAUCUCCCACACCAUUGUACCCCUACCCCCUCCCUCACCUUCACUCUCUGCCCGUUCUUUCCCCCCCUUCAGCUCAGCGUCGUCCAGCCUCAGCGAGACUUCCUCGGGCUCCGCCAAGACCACGACGACAGAAGACACUGCCAGUUAUAUUACAGACAAAAGUCUGUGUGACACCAGUGACAUCAUCAGCGACAGCUCAGGCGUGGGGACAGCCAAUAGUGAUUCACUUACGCUGCCGGGCACUAGCGUUGUCUGCGUAGAGAACUACAGUUCGAGCCAGCCUGGCCAUCUACGGCUCUCCCAAGGAGACAUACUUGAUGGUUUUUCAACUCUAUCAAAGAAGUGGAGACUAGAAUUAAUGUUGACUGGGACUACGGACUGUGGACUGUUGGAAGGCACGCACCGCAACGGGGGGGAAACGGGGCUAUUCCCUCCCCACUGUGUACAGGAGGUGCGACUACGGGGGGGUUUAGUACCCCCGCCUCAACUGCCUGUACAUCGCCGUGUAGUCGGACGCAGGGAGUCCAACGCUACCUCACUCAAACACUUUGCCACUGCCCCGAGGCAUAAAAAACAGUUACCAGCGGAACCACGCACUGUGGUGUUGCACCGUGCAAGGCGAGGGUUUGGGUUUGUCUUGCGCGGCGCCAAGGCAACAUCACCCCUCAUGGAGUUGACGCCGUCCGCGAGGUAUCCGGCACUUCAGUACCUGGAUGAUGUGGACAAAGGAGGUGUCGCGGACAUGGCUGGCCUACGGAAGAACGACUACUUGCUAGCGAUCAACGGUGAAGACGUGAGUGCCGCGUCUCACGAGCAUGUAGUGGAUUUGAUCCGCAAGUCUGGAGACCUGGUGUCGCUCACUGUCGUGUCGUCCGGUGCACUGCCGAGCUCUAAGAGCGCCGCUGCCGGGCUGACUGCCGGCCAGGAGAACCAACCCACCCCACGCCAGUAUCAAACACUGCCACGCAAACUCAACAAUAACUUCCCUACGCUCGGUCGAGCGCCAGCACCGUUACCUCCUAGGCGGGAUCCGAAGACAACCCUUAGUGUUGGGAGAGCUCGAGCGAAAUCAAUGGUGGCUGAGGAGGAAGCGGCAAACUCGGGAGACAGUACAGAUCCGGGCAAAGUCCAGCCAAGGACAGCUUCCAUUAGAGCUCGACCCACCUCCAGUCGCAUCACUGCUGCCGAACUGGAGUCUCUGUUCCAACGACAGACACCUUACAUGAUGACUACCUCUAACUUCCAGGCAGGGGGAAACUCACAACCGUCUUCUCCUGCACGCACUCCUCGAGUGUACGCAUCUGUGGCAGAGAUGAAACGCAGCAAGGGCAAGGCUAAUACCCGAGUGCGCUUCAGUCUGGCUGGUAUAGGGAUGGCCGGAGUGUCAGAGCUACACAGGGACUUUCACAGCACCCCGGAUCUUGCUGCGGCGGUCAAUGGGGCUGUGACUGGGCCUCGGCAACACCACAGUCAGGAGGAGUUGCGACCUCUUCCCCCGCCUAGCCAGCCUCCGCCACCACCACCCGCCGCACCCGACACUGGAAAUGACACUGGCAACGGUGGAGAUGGCGUUAUGUCAAGCUUUAAGCCAGCUGCUAGUGCCAAACUGUACGCUUCGCCUGAAGAUGUCAAAAAUGUUGGUUACCGAUCUCGCUCUCUUCCCUCCCACGCAAAUAGACCACAGGUUCGUAAAUCACACAGUUUACGAUCACCGUCGUCUUCAUUCAAACCAGCGCCAGGAUCUCAGGGCGCAAAUCCCUACGCUCAGCCGAUCCGGAACCGCAAACAGCAACCGGUGUCGGCCCCGCCUAUUCCAGACCCCGACUACAGCCUCAGUGAGAACGAAAGCGACACGGAGCCCGCGGACAAGACUGUGAUCAGAGUGAACCAGACAGAGGGAAGUGGCGGUAGCAGCACCAGUUCCGGCAGUCUACCUCACAGCUUCAGCGUAGACGAGAUUCAGAAAGUCCGAACACAGCUGAAAAGCUCCAAAUCCUACCCGAACGACUUUAUCCCCGGAGCUGAAGACGGGGAUAAUUCUUCCAGUGGAGUCAGCUCCGAUCAGGAAAUACCUGCGGGACCUCCCUCCGGGUUUGAUGUGAAUCAGGAAUCCUCGACUGGAACGUCAACUCUUCCUCGAACUUCGCAGAGAUCUGCUCUAACAAGGAACGCAGUGUCGCUGGCACAACUACCCCCACCACUCGAGGCGGACACUGAUGAGAGGGAGGAGUUAGUUGUUCCGCCACCCCCGGAAUAUGCAGGCGGGGUUGGCCCCGUUAUGGAGGAAGUGUUGGCGCCCCCACCACAGUUCUCCGAUGGUCGCUUAGUCACGAGAGUUCGAAUAGUCGGGUCAACACCAAAGGCAGCUCCCAGUAGGCUUCAUAGUCAGUAAGGAUCAACGCAUUACAUGUAAUUCUUUACAUUAAUUCUGUGGCAUGUUUUAUGCCGAAAAAACUGUUAUAAAACUUUUUUCAAAAUAAUUUUUAGUGAUACAAAUAAUUCUUUUGGUUUUUCUAUAAAGAAGUCAUUGAUUAGUUUGUAAAUUACUUACUACCGUGAAUUAUUUUAAAAUAUAAUUACUUAAAUUCUGGAUCAAUUUUGGGAUGUGUAAAAUCAUUUAUGUAAGUGUAAGAGUACUAUUUUGAGGUUCUAUUUUUUUUCCUUUUGGAAGGUGCAAACAGAUUUUUUUAUUCUACCUUACUGUUCAAAGCAAGUCUAAUGCGCUGGCUUACUACCGUAGUUAAUUUUGCAUAGUUGCAUACUAUUGUAUUUAUUGUUGAUUUAUAUUCGUUAAAAGAUUAUAGUUUUUUGUUCAAAUUGUAUAUAAGCAUAGACUUGAGUGUAUGUAAACAGCAUGCCGUCAGUUGUACAUUAUAAAUGUGCCAAGUUAAUUUAUCUUGCCUAAUGUAUGUUCCUUUUAUAUACGAGAGUUAGAUUGUUUCAUACUUAGUUAUUUAUACAUUCCGAAUAUUGAGUUUAUCGUGUAAAUAGUGUCUAUAUAGUGGAUUAGUAAUGAUUAUCAAUGUAAAGCUAAGUUUGCGUCCAACUUUAAACUAAGUUAGAGAGUAAUUAUGAGAAAUUUGAAGGGAACUAUGUACACAGAUUAUUUAUUCCUUUGUGAAAUAAAAUUUUGAUGUAGAUAAUUUA